UAAUUGAAGUUUUGAACACUGGGCUUCUAAGUAGGACCAGUUGUUGAACAUUGUGUGCAAAACGAGCUAUAAAAGCUAUAUGUAGAAAACUUUUGUAAUUAGUCGAAAUAUAAGUUUUAAAUCAAAACAAAUCAAAUACUUAUAUCAACAAAAACGAGGUGUAUAAUUAAUACAUAAUGGAGGAAAUUUCAAUUAAAACACCAGUGAUGUUUAGCCAGACAUAUAUAGAUGUCACUGAAAUCAACAAGCUUAUGAACAUAAAGACAGGCGAUAGAAUCCUCACAGUAGCUGCCAGUGGGACCCAUGCCCUGGAGAAACUUCUUGCUAACCCUGAGGAAAUCAUUGCAGUUGAUUUACAUGUUGAGCAGUUAUAUCUCGCAAAGCUACAGGCUGAAGGCAUGAGGCAACUUACACGAGAAGAAUUCUGCAGAUUUGUUGGGAUAAACAGAAGAUCAACACAGCCUUUAGAACGUGUAUCCAUCUACAACACCAUCUGUGGCAAUUUAGAUACCAAGACCAAAGAAUUCUGGGAUGCUAACAUAGCCUCCAUUGAAAUGGGGAUAUGGUAUAUUGGGAGGCUAGAAAUGACCAUAGUCCUGCUUGGUCACAAAAUAUUUUCUUCAAUCCAUGACAAAAAUACAACAGCUGAAUUUUUGGCCCUUGGGGAUGACAUGAAGAAGCAAAUUGAAUUUUUUGAGACUAUAUGGAACACAUCAUCAUGGAGACGGGCUUACAAGGACAUACGUGUGCAAGGCUCAAAAAUCUUAAAAAAAUCGGUAAUCCCAGCAAACACUGAUUACGGGCAAGCAUGUUUGGACCAAUUUGAUAAAUCAAUAAGAAAUGUCCCCAAUAAUAAGAACCAUUUGCUGCAGUUCUUGCUUACAGAAGAUGUGGGAAGAAAUGGUUUACUUCCACCAUACCUGAGGGAGGGAAACUAUGAGCUGAUCAAGUCCCGUUUAGGCAGAAUUCAAUGGAUUCAAGCAGACAUAGUGAAGUACAUAGCCGACAAUAUUGAACAACAUCAACCAAAAUUUGAUGGGAUAAAUCUUUCUACUGUAGUACAUCACUUCUCUGGGCCACAACUACAAUAUCUAAUUCAAAAUGCAGCCAAGGCUAGCAACCCUGGGGCAAAACUUGUGUACUACAAUCUGCCGAGAGUUGAAGCUGUUGUCCCUGACGAGGUAUGGGAUGGAGCGAAGCUGAGAAAGGAUGAAGCAAAUGAUUGGGGUAACGCUGAUAGCAUCUACUUCAAAACAGUAUCUGCAACUGUACUAUAAUCAUGGACACAAAAAAAUAUCCAGAUUUAAUCAAAACAUUUUCAUCAUUUUAACUUUAUUCAGAGGAUAUACUAAUCAGAUAUAUUAACAAUUUGUAAUAAAUAACAAACAUAAUGGGAUUUAACAUCAAAUCGUGUAAUGUACAAGGAAAAAUUUAUUAAUAUGUACACAGUACAUGCAUGUCUGUUGCAUGCAUUGCCAACUACGACAGUGAGAAGCUUCUCACAGCUGGGAAACCAAACACUGCUAAAACAAGGGACUCUGUAUGACAGUAUAAUGUACCGAAACUGAGACUAACAUUCUAUGUUAGUCUCAGACCGAAAGAAAUGCAUUUUUUGUUUUCCUUUGAAUGGAACAAGUUUGAAG